ACUUGGGCGGCGUAGCCUGUGGAGGUCUUCUAAUAUUAUGGUAGAGUUAAACGACAAAUUUUUAUCGAUCAACGGUGUCUACAUAAUCAGUAAUAGCCGACUGGUGAACAAUUUUCAUUGGUGUGGGAGGUUGUCGGUGGUAAAAUGAAAGUAGUAGUCUCCAACUUCACACCAUAAUACUAUUAUUUUUUUAUUGGUUUAGCUUAUGAUUAUAGCGCUAUCACAGUAUCAUUCUUAAUUGUUCGUCUUUCAGGAGUAAUCGCCAAUCACCAGCGCUAUUGAGCUAUUUGAACUAUCGAACCAUGUAAGAUUUAGCCAAAUAUUUUAAAUAUUAUUUUUCAAUAUUUAUUAUUUGAUUUCCAGUAGAAAUAGGAGAAGUUCAUUAAAAAAAAUGCUGGACGUAGAUGGAAAAACUCAUGAAAUGUUGUUAGACAAUUACAUUUCAAACCUCAAAAGAAAGAAAUGGGAAAGUAACUAUGUAAUUGCGGAAAAAACUGUUCAGCUUUUUAGACAUUUUAUUGAUACAAUCCACUGGUCAACAACUAUAGAAUUAUUAAAUCAGUUGAGAGAAUAUGGAUUCCAAAUUACAUCAGCAUUACCUUUACAAUUUAUUGUUGGAAAUAUUAUUAGACGCAUAUUAAACAUUGUUCGGGAAGAAUACACUGCUGCUAGAAAAAGCUCUGAAGAGGAAAUUGAUGUUCAAGACUCAUUACAUAAAAUAGUUACAUCUGAAGAUGAUGUUGAUGACUAUAACAGCAUUGUCCCUGAACUUAAGUUAUCAAUUUUUGAACAUUUAGAUGAAUUUCAAAUAGAAAUAGAAUCCAGUAAUGAAGAUAUUUCUAAGCAAGCAUUGGAACAUAUUCAUUCAAAUGAAAUUAUUCUCACCGUUGGAAAGUCAUCCGAAGUUGAAAUGUUUUUAAAAGAAGCUGCUAAAGAUCGAACUUUUGAAGUAUUCAUAACGGAAUGCUCCCCCUUAAAUCAUGGUAGACAAUUAGCACUAAAUCUUUCAAAACAUAAAAUUCAAUCAACAUUAAUUCCAGACUCUACUAUGUUUGGCAUAAUGUCUAGAGUGAACAAAGUAAUUAUUGGUGUUGAUUCUGUUAUGGCCAACGGAGGUCUUAGAACAUUCAAUGGUUGUCAUGCUGUCGCAUUAGCUGCAGCUCAUUACUCUGUUCCGGUAAUAGUCUUAGCACCAAUGUAUAAGCUGAGUUCACGUUACUUAUGUUCAUACAACCAAGAUGCAUUCAAUGAAUUUGUUUCGCCAGCUGGUGUUCUGAAUUAUUCAGAUUCAGUUGUAUCAAAAGUUGAUGUUUAUAAUCCUACAUAUGAUUAUGUCCCUCCUGAAAAUGUCACUCUAUUCAUUUCAAAUAAUGGUGGCCAUUCUCCUUCAUAUGUCUACCGAUUGUUAUCUGAAAUAUAUCAUCCGCUUGAUUAUGAUUUGUCUGUUCACAAAAAAUAAAAUAUUACUCAAUAAUACCUUAGGUUAGUUGUGUAUACAUUUUUACAAUUAAUUUUGUGUAUUCUUAUCCUCAUAGAAAACUUGUACUCUACAAGUGAUUAACAAUAUAUUUUAUCAAUUGUCUUACCCUUAUGCAGGCCUUAUUUAAUAUCAUAAAAACGUAAUAAUAUAAAUAAAUAAAAUGCAUCAAUUAA